UGUCACUCUGCUCUAAUAGUCAACAUUAUUUAAUUAAACAAAAUAUUGUUUACAAAAUUCACUUCAAUCUUUAUCAAUUAACAUGGAAAGUUAACGCUAUAAUAUCCUAUAAUCAAUUAAUUUAUUCACCAAGAAGCCUAUAAGUUCAAAAAUACAAUCUGUGAUAACCAAGCUAAACCAUGAGGUUUAAUGAUAGAGAACUUAUGAAAAUCAGUGAAGGUAAAGGGGACUUAGAAGGUGUCUUAAGUCAUAUGAAACCCCAAGGAAAUGAAUGGUCUGAUUGGUACCAGCAGACCUCUUUUAAAGAAAGGUAUUUCAAGCUCAAAGCGAAUCUUUUAUUUUACUCUAGGAUAACUGAACAAGAGCCUCUUGGCGUUUUAGUCUUAGAAAAUGUGCAUGUAGCCUAUGAACGGCCUCAUAAGGGCAUCCCAUUUGCAUUUUCUUUAACAUUUAAAGUGAGUGACAAAUUUAGAGACAGUGAUGCUAAACAUAUAUUUUCUUGCCGGUGUGAUUCAGAUGUCAAUAGAUGGGUGUCAGCACUAAAGAUGGCCUCAUAUGAGUACUGGAGAUCACAGUACACAAUUCUCAGUACAAAAUUGGCUAUGAAGGCUGGUAAGGAUCCUAUUCUGGAAUAUUUAAAAGAUAAGACCUCAUCAAAUAUCCAUGUUACUCAAGAGGUGAAGAAGAAGAAGGAAGUAAAGGCUACAUUUUAUAGUCAUAUAGAAUCAAGUGUGGAGUCCUCAAGUACUUUCUAUGAAAGCUCUACUAUAACCUCAUGUUCUACAAGGGAGAUAUGUUCUUCUACCACCUCAAAUGUUGAGAACCUCAUUACAUUUUAGAUAUAUGAAGUUUAUAGAAGUGUUUUUUUCAAAAUGCUCAUGAUUAGUAUCUGGAUUGUUUAAAUGUUUUUGUGUAAAUUUCCUUUCAUUACUGCCACGUAAAGUUAAAAUCUGAUAUGUACAAAUAAGGAUUGCAAUCCUAACAGCUAAUGUGUUAUAAUUUAUUGAAUAGAGAAGGAAUCCAAAUAGUACUGUUGAAAAAGAGAAGUGCAUCAAGGAAAAUAGUUUGCAUUACCAACUUUUGUAUUAAUUCUAGUCAGAUGUAAACAAGCUUUAUUUUAAAAAUUGUUUCUUCUUAAAAGUAUUUUUCUAUGAAUAAAAUAGUUUUUCGAGUUAA